AUGGUCCAAGAGCUUGCGUGGUCCAGGAGCUUCCGUGUCUGGGGAUCUCGGGCGUUUGUCCGCGACUUGUCUGCGGACAAGCUGUCCCCUCGUGCUGCUCCCUGUGUCUUCCUUGGCUUCCCCCCUGACGCUCGGAGGUGGCAGUUCUACCACCCCUCCUCUCGUCGUGUUCUGUCCUCCCAGAACGUCACGUUCGACGAGUCAGUCCCCUUCUACCGCCUCUUCCCCUACCGCACUCCUUCCCUUCCCCCGCCGCCGGACUUCCUUGUGCCGGUAGACGCAGUUGACCCGGUCGAGGUUACUGGUGACUCUGGUGCUGCUGCGGGUGCUGAGCCUGGGGGUGCUGACUCUGGGGGUGCUGUGCGCGGGGGUGCCGAGCCUGGAGGUGCUGCUACUGGGGGUGCUGAGCCUGGGGGUGCUGGGCCUGGGGGUGCUACUGCGGAGGGUGCUGAGCCUGGGGAUGCUGAGCCGGGGGGUGCUGUGACUGGAGCUGCUGAGCUAGGGGGUGCUGAGUCUGGGGGUGCUGAGUCGGGAGCUGCUGAGCCUGGGGGUGCUGAGUCUGGAGCUGCUAAGCCUGGGGUUUCUCCUGCUGCUGCGUCUCGACGGGAGCCCCUCUCUCCACAGGAGCUGCGCGAGUGGUUUGCUCGCCACUGGAGGCGUGCUGCUGGAGCUGGAGCUUCUUCGACCGUCGAGGGUACUGGUGCUGCCGGUCCCGGAGCUGCUGGGCCUGCGGGUCCUACUGGAGCUGGAGCUGCUGAGGGUGUUGGUGCUGAGACUAUUGCUGUCUGUCCUGGCGGUGGUUCUGCUGCUGGUGCUGCUGGAGGUCCUGCCGCUGGAGGUGUUGGUGGCGCUGGUGCUGCCGCUGAGGGUGCUGGUGCUGUCCCUGCUGAGUCUGGAGCUGCCGCGCGGCCUCGGCCGUACUUCGUUCCGCUCCUGCAGCAGGUUCUUGGUCUUUCUCCUCCGGUAGAGUGUCCACAGCCUGUCCAGUCGCAGUCACUGUUGGAGCCUUCCUCCCCACUGCCUGCUCCCUCUCCUUACACUGGUCCUACUGGAGGUCUCGCUGAGCGUCGUGAGCCUGCGUCUCGUCCCGCGUCGCCUGUUCGUCCUGCUCGCGCUAGUGGUCGCGGUUCGCGUCAGCGUCCUCCUCCUGUCCAUGGCAUGCACCGGAUGUCUCUGCAUCCGUCCACUGCUCCUCUGCGUGCCCCUUUGCCUUCUCCUCCUGAGUCCUCUCUUCCUGCGCUUGCCGACCCUGAGUCGGACUCCCUUCGUGCUGCCAGUCCUACUGUCACGCGUCUACUUGCUACUGUCGUCACUGACCCCUCUUUUGAGUCCACUGCUGCGUCUGCUCUUGUCGCUGAGCUCGUCGACUUUGCUGCUCGCUGUCGUCUUGACUACGCUGCUAGUCUUGUUGCUGAGUCUGCGUCUGUCUGUCCUCCGUCCGUCGGGGGUGAGUGUGCUCUUGGCACGGACGUCCUAGAGGACAGGCAGGAGGAGUUACAGUGUCUGGCUGCUGCUUCACCUCAUCUCGCGUCUGUACUGCUUGCUCCUGAGGGAGACCCGGAUGCACUAGACAUCCCGACUCCGCGCUCUUACGCGGAGGCCGUAGAGGGUCCCUACUCCUCUCAGUGGCAGGCAGCUAUGGAUGCAGAGAUGGCUUCCUGGAAGUCCACAGGCACCUACGUUGACGCGGUUCCCUCUCCUGGGGCGAACAUCGUCAGUGGCAUGUGGAUCUUCAGGGUGAAGCGGCCGCCGGGCUCUCCACCUGUCUUCAAGGCGCGGUACGUCGCUUGUGGCAUCAGUCAGCGGCAGGGAGUUGACUACUUUCAGACCUUCUCUCCCACCCCGAAGAUGACCACUCUUCGGGUACUACUGCACAUAGCCGCUCAGCGCGACUACGAGCUUCACUCUCUCGACUUCAGCACUGCGUUCUUGCAGGGUAGCCUGCACGAGGAGAUCUGGCUGCGCCGUCCACCUGGCUUCACUGGGACUUUCCCUCCUGGCACCCAGUGGAGCCUCCGACGGCCAGUCUACGGUCUCCGCCAGGCACCGCGUGAGUGGCACGACACACUGAGGACUACGCUUGCGCCUCUUGGGUUUGCUCCUUCUACUGCUGACCCGUCGCUGUUUCUGCGCACCGACACUUAA